GGCAGAGGCCCCUGGGGCUGGGCACUUGAAAGGGGAGCUGUGCGGGCGGCAGGGCAGGCUGGUGAGGGGUCAACUGGCAUCCAGCGUGAGAGGCUCCUCCCCACCAGCUCCGCACACCCUCUGGCCGCCUGAGGCUUUAGACUUCCUGAUCCUCAAAGACCUCGAGGAAGAGUGGGGGGAAGAGUUCGGUGGGGCACUCGACUUUCAUGUGGAGGAAGCGGCUGGCGUGGCAGGCCCCGAUCAUGCGGAGGUCAGUCACCUUCAUCAGCAGCUUGGGCCAGAAGUGCGGAAUGUUGUGUUUGCGGUGGUUGACGUAGUGCUCGAACGCCAGCAGGUCCUCGCACCCAGCAGGGGACUCAAAACCAUCGUGACAUGACUGUGUCCUCACCCUCUCCUUCCCAUCAUGGUGGGCAGGAAAAAAGAGAGGUCACCCCUGCUCGCUAGAAAUUCAACGAGAAAAAGGCCCCGUCUUCACGGGGCUCCCAAUCGGACGGAAGGGACCCAGACACUCAUGACAGGUGUAUAAGCAGGACCCCUAAGGAAUUUCCGCCUCUGCUUCCAGUGGCUGCCCUGGGCAUUGGUGCUGCGAUGGGCCUCCGUUGCCACGUGGAUCAGAUCCCACUCCUCGGGGGUGGGCUCUGGCCGCUGCUGCAGUGACCGGAUCAUCUCCUCCUUCCGCCGUCGCUCCCGGUUCUGCUCGAUCAGCUUGCGCUUGGCCACCCGCUUCGAGUCAUCCAGAACCACUGUCAGUGGGGAGACACGGUGCCCUUGGCCUCAGCUUCCCCCCCUCCACGAGACUCUCGGAAACUAUUCUUCCUGGUGUACGGGCUGGGGAAGCCGAAAGCCAGAGAGGGUAAGUGACUCCCCUGAAAUCAAAUAGCAGGUGGGGGGCACAACCUGGACCUUUACUAAUCAAUCACUGGGCCAAGCCUUGACCCCGAAUUUGGACUGAUACAGAGGAGAAAAGCCCUGACUAUCAAGUUCUGGUCAAAUGGGUUAUGAUGAUGGGAGAGCCUACUGGCGUAGCUACAAGACCCUGCUGCCCACUCUGCAGCCAACGAGAGAUGUUUUCUCCCACCCAAAGGUGGGUGCCUCCCUAGGAGCCUGGGAACACUGUGCUAGGGAGUGGUGCUGAGUUCUUUCUACCCAGCAGCUCCCUCUCUAAGGCCCUUUCGGUGGUGAAAAGCAGAUGGACCUACCCUCAGGGCCCCGAGAGGAAUCCUGUUUCCUUUUUCCCAGGGAUGAGGGCAGCAGGGACCAAGAUCCUGGACAGCCCAUCAUCAGUCUAGCCUGGACUGUCACGCUGCCCAGUGGGGCCCGCCCGCAGCCUCCCGGCCCCACCCGGCCCACCCGUGCCCCUUACGGUCCAUGGCCAUGCCCACAGCAAUGCACUUCUUGAAGCGGCACAGCUGGCACUGAUUGCGGGUGAUCUUGUCGAUGACGCAGCAGCUGUCAUAUUUGCAGGAGUAGGUGGGAUGGAGGUUCUUCUGGAUUGUGCGGCGAAAGAAGCCCUGGGGCAGGUGGGGGGAGACAGAACAUGCUGUGAUCACGACCUUCCCCUUCCUGAACCAACCAUGCAGUUCACUAGAGAUGGGGGGCGAUUAGUGAGGGAACCGGGCACCCCCUGACACAGCAAGCUCAGAACCCUGGGCUCUGCCAGGCCUAAGGGCCUUAGAAACAGAUGCCCUCAGCCCCCAGGCUGCUGGGGUGGGAACUGGUGGUGGCACAGGUAAGAACGAGGACUGAAACAGAGAUUUGGGCCUGGGGUUUGGGCGAGACGCCAUGAGGCCUGAGGAACAGAACUGUGGAAGUUCAAUUAAUACCUUAUUUUCCUUAUUGCUAAAUGACUCUAAAAAACAUUGACCCCCCAAACCAUUCUCAUUUAAAAAAAAAAAAAAAAAAAUUCAAAAAGAAACAUUCUCAUACAUGCUACCUAUUACCCAUGCAAGUGGAAUUCAUGAACUAAAGGGACCAAAAAGUCAAGAAAGGAUAUUGGGUAAGAACUCUAGCAGCUUUAAAAGAAAAUUUUCAAUUCUCUAUAUCGAGCUUAGUCUUGGCUUCAAGGGGGGGUAAAUCUCCAGAAUCAAUUUGGUAGUAAUAGCACAAAGAGUGGGUAUCUGUUGAAUGCUACCGUUGUCCCAGGCACAGUCAGCCUUUUUGUGCAUCAUCUUGUUUAACCCUCAGGACAACCCUAUGAUGUAGCAACUGUUAUUGUCCCCAUUUUAUAGACUAGGAAACUGAGGCGCAGAGAGAAUGAGUUACUUGCCCAAAGCCAUAUGGCCAAAUGGGUAUCAGAGCCAGAACUGGGCCUCAGGUAUGAGACCCCAAGGUCUGGCAUGCGUUAAAAUCACCCAGGGCACCUACCAAAAAUCCAGAAUCCUGAGUCACUCCACACCUACUAAAUCAGAUUUUCUAGGAGUGGGGCCAAGGCAUCUGCCUUUUCAAGAUGCUCCCUGGGGAUUCAGAGGUUCUCGAGUGUAAGGAUCCUUGCUCCAUGCUACUGCCUGUGUUGCUUCCAGGAGACCACUACGGACCUCUAAUUCCCUGGUGGUCUCGGUUUGGUUGACACUGAGAAAGAAGGGAACUUCAAGCCUUAACAUAUUUUUAAAUAAUUUUGUUUCUUGGAAGGUCUUACAUUUUUCAGGAAAUAAUGAUUCUGGAAAAGCCAUGCAGCUAGAAAUGACUGAAGUGAAAUCCUACCAAGCCUCCCCAAGUCUUUGACCUUGCCCCCUCUGCCCAGGGAGAACUUGCCAUCCUCUUCCUCUGUGCUCUCACCAUGCCCCACCAGCAGUUGUUCUCCCCCUUUCUGGUCCAUCUGAAGCAACUGGAGAAUCUGUUAAAAGGCAGAUUCCUGGGCCCCACCACAAGAAGUUCUGAUCAUGUAGGGUUGGGAUGGGGCCUGGGGGUCUGCAUUUUAACUAGCACCUGAGGUGGUCCCUGAAUCAUAUUUUGAAAAACACUGAUGCUUUUUUUCAAGUCUGUCUCCUUCCAGUAUGCUGCGAGCAGCUCGAGGGCAGGGUAUAUGCCGCAUCUUCACACCUAAUCCAGUGCCCUGAUCACUGAAUGGAUGGACGAUAGCUGACAUUUACUGAGUGCUUCUUACCUGCCAGGCAUGGUUUUAAACCACUCUAUCCCCAUUUUAUAGAUGAAGAAACUGAGGUUCAGAGAGGUUAGGCAAUUUACUUGUGGUCACAUAACCUGUGAGUGGCAGAGCAGGGAUCAUGAAUGAAUGGAUGAACAAAUGAAUGAAUGAGUGAGAGCAGAGAAAUGAUGGUAUACCAGAUGGGUUGAGGUUACAUGUUUAUAGAGCUAGUCUGUCUUGCCAGGUGCUGAAGGCCUUAAAGGGAGUGAGAUGAGGGGCAGGAGCUAGCUGGUCCAUACCUUGCAGCCCUCACAAGUGAUGCAGCGGUAGUGAUAACCGGUUGCCUUGUCCCCACACACGACACACUGCUCGUCUUUGUCCAGGUAAGGACUGAGCAGGCCUGCCCCACCCAACCCCACUGACCCCGUGCCAGGAGAGAGGAGUGCCGGUGGGAAGGAAAGUACAAUUUGGCAGGUGUGAGAUGGCAGAGGAGUGCACACAAGGGCACGCAGACACUGGCCACCCACUUGAACCUCGUCUCCGCUUCUCUAGCUCGGUUUCUCACACUUCAAAGCUGGCGGCUAGCAGCCCCGCCUCCUCAGAGUGAAGUCAUGAAGGUGGUGAAUCUGAAGCAAGCCAUUUUACAAGCCUGGAAGGAGCGAUGGAGUGACUACCAAUGGGCAAUCAACAUGAAGAAAUUCUUUCCCAAAGGAGCCACCUGGGACAUUCUCAACCUGGCAGAAGCGCUGCUGGAGCAGGCUAUGAUUGGACCUUCCCCCAACCCUCUCAUCCUGUCCUACCUGAAGUAUGCCAUCAGUUCCCAGAUGGUGUCCUAUUCCUCCGUCCUCACAGCUAUCAGUAAGUUUGAUGACUUUUCCCGGGACCUGUGUGUCCAGGCUUUGCUGGACGUCAUGGACAUGUUUUGUGACCAACUGAGCUGUCACGGCAAAGCAGAGGAGUGCAUUGGGCUCUGCCGAGCCCUUCUCAGCGCCCUCCACUGGCUGCUGCGCUGCACUGCAGCCUCUGCAGAGCGGUUCCGGGAGGGACUGGAGGCUGGUACUCGAGCAGCUGGGGAGAAGCAGCUUGCCAUGUGCCUGCAGCGCCUGGAGAAGACCCUGAGCAGCACCAAGAACCGGGCCCUGCUCCACAUCGCCAAACUAGAGGAGGCCUCAUUGCAUACAUCCCAGGGACUUGGGCAGGGUGGCACCCGAGCCAAUCAACCAACAGCCUCCUGGACUGCCAUUGAGCACUCACUCUUGAAGCUUGGGGAGAUACUGGCCAAUCUCAGCAACCCCCAGCUCCGGAGCCAGGCUGAGCAGUGCAGCACACUCAUUAGGAGCAUCCCCACAAUGCUAUCUGUGCACUCAGAGCAGCUGCACAAGACUGGCUUCCCCACAGUCCAUGCAGUGGUCCUGCUCGAGGGCACCAUGAAUCUGACGGGGGAGAUGCAGCCCCUGGUGGAGCAGCUGAUGAUGGUGAAGCGCAUGCAGCAUAUCCCCACCCCACUCUUUGUCCUGGAGAUCUGGAAAGCUUGCUUUGUGGGGCUCAUUGAGUCCCCUGAAGGUACAGAGGAGCUCAAGUGGACAGCUUUCACCUUCCUCAAGAUUCCACAGGUUUUGGUGAAGUUGAAGAAAUACUGUCAUGGGGACAAGGACUUCACUGAGGAUGUCAACUGUGCUUUUGAGUUCCUGCUGAAGCUCACACCCUUGUUGGAUAAAGCUGACCAGCGCUGCAACUGUGACUGUACAAACUUCUUACUCCAAGAAUGUAGCAAGCAGGGCCUUCUGUCCGAAGCCAGCGUGACCAACCUUGGGGCCAAGCGCACAGCAGACCGGGAGCAUGCGCCCCAGCUGAAAUCAGAAGAAAAUGCCAAUAUCCAGCCCAACCCUGGGCUGAUCCUCCGGGCGGAGCCCACUGUCACAAACAUCCUCAAGACAAUGGAUGCAGACCACUCCAAGUCCCCAGAGGGGCUGCUGGGGGUCCUAGGCCACAUGCUGUCUGGGAAGAGUCUGGACUUGCUACUGGCUGCUGCUGCCGCCACUGGGAAGCUUAAAACCUUCGCCCGGAAGUUCAUCAGUUUGAAUGAAUUCACCACUCACGGCAGCGGUGAAAGCACCAAAGCAGCCUCAGUUCGUGCCUUACUCUUUGACAUCUCCUUCCUCAUGCUGUGCCAUGUGGCCCAGACCUAUGGCUCAGAGGUGAUUGUGUCCGACUCGAGUACAGGAGCGGAGGUACCCUUCUUUGAGACCUGGAUGCAGACGUGCAUGCCCGAGGAGGGCAAGGUCCUGAACCCUGACCACCCUUGCUUCCGGCCAGAUUCCACCAAGGUGGAGUCCCUGGUGGCCCUGCUCAACAAUUCCUCAGAGAUGAAGCUGGUGCACAUGAAGUGGCACGAGGUCUGUCUCAGCAUCUCAGCGGCCAUCUUGGAAAUCCUCAAUGCCUGGGAGAACGGGGUGCUGGCCUUCGAGUCCAUUCAGAAAAUCACAGAUAAUAUCAAGGGAAAGGUUUGCAGUCUGGCAGUGUGUGCUGUGGCUUGGCUUGUGGCCCACGUCCGGAUGCUGGGGCUGGACGAGCGUGAGAAGUCACUGCAGAUGAUCCGCCAGCUGGCAGGCCCACUGUAUAGUGAGAACACUCUGCAGUUCUACAACGAGAGGGUGGUGAUCAUGAGCUCGAUCCUGGAGCACAUGUGUGCUGACGUUCUGCAGCAGACAGCCACACAGAUCAAGUUCCCCUCCACGGGCAUGGACACAAUGCCUUACUGGAACCUGCUGCCCCCUAAGCGACCCAUUAAGGAGGUGCUGACUGACACAUUUGCCAAGGUGCUGGAGAAGGGGUGGGUGGACAGCCGCUCCAUCCACAUCUUUGACACCCUGCUGCACAUGGGAGGCGUCUACUGGUUCUGCAACAACCUGAUCAAGGAGCUGUUGAAGGAGACACGGAAGGAGCACACACUGCGGGCGGUGGAGCUGCUCUACUCCAUCUUCUGUCUGGACAUGCAGCAAGUGACCCUGGUCCUGCUGGGCCACGUCCUGCCUGGCCUGCUCACCGACUCCUCCAAGUGGCACAGCCUCAUGGACCCCCCCGGCACUGCUCUUGCCAAGCUGGCUGUGUGGUGUGCCCUGAGUUCCUACUCCUCCCACAAGGGACAGGCAUCCUCCCGCCAAAAGAAGAGACACCGUGAAGACAUCGAGGAUUACAUCACCCUCUUCCCCCUGGACGACAUACAGCCGUCCAAGCUGAUGCGACUGCUGAGCUCCAACGAGGAAGAUGCCAACAUCCUUUCAAGUCCCACCGACCGGUCCAUGAAUGGUUCCCUCUCAGCCUCCCAGCUCCACACGGUCAACAUGAGAGACCCUCUGAACCGAGUCCUGGCCAACCUGUUCCUGCUCAUUUCUUCCAUCCUGGGGUCACGGACCGCUGGCCCCCACACUCAGUUUGUGCAGUGGUUCAUGGAGGAGUGUGUGGACUGUCUGGAGCAGGGCAGCCACGGCAGCAUCCUGCAGUUCAUGCCCUUCACCACGGUGUCGGAACUGGUGAAGGUGUCAGCCAUGUCCAGUCUCAAGGUGGUCCUGGCCAUCACAGACCUCAGCCUGCCCCUGGGCCGCCAGGUGGCUGCCAAAGCCAUUGCUGCCCUCUGAGGGGCUUGGGGUGGCCAUGGGGUAUGGCUGGGGAGGGUCCCCCAGCCCUAGGCACCUCAGAGGGGAGCAGGGAGGAAAGAUGAGACAUCGUUGCUCAUAUCCAUAUGAUGUAAGAGCUGUUUGUCAGUUUCCAGAUCUUCCCCCUGCUCCUCUGACCUCUGACCUCUAAGAAAUCUCUCAAUUUCUUCCUUUCAUAAUUUCCUCUCCCUUCUGCCUGUACCUGAAGAGAGUGAGUAGCCUGGUUCCUUAGCGCCAGGGCUGUCACCCUCUGUCCACUCCUCCUCCCAUUCCAAGGCUGAAAUUAUCUCUAAAGAAUGGUGUAAAUGCAUUGUGUGUGUGUGUAUGUGUGUGUGUUUUUAAUUCAUAGGGGGAGGUUCAACCUCUUGUCAACUCACUUGUAAAUAAAGAACACUGUGGAAUCCUU